AGUUUGUGGCUCACGGAACUCUGAUACUUGUUUAAGACGGCGGGUUUUUAUGUUGACAAGGAAAAGAGACUGAAAGCGUCUAUGCUUUCAAUGAGACGUUGGUUGCCGCAACUUCCUGCAUUUAGAAACGAACAAGAGUCUGGACAAACUUGAAAAAUGAGUAGAGAAGAUGACCGUGGUGUUGAUGUGUCUGGCCUGACACAGAAGGUGGAGUCACUGGAACAUGAGCUGAAGAUGUGCAGAGCAGAGCUCCAGAAACUCCAACAUCAACUUAAUCAAAGACAGCAGCAUGAAAACACAGAUGACUACAAUGAAGAUCUCAGGCAGCAGGUUAACAAGUUAAGUGCUGAACUUUAUGCACAACAGAAGCAAAAGAAAAAACUAACAGAUGCAGAGACGCAGACAGAGCAUCACACUUGGACAGAAAUAGAUCACAACAAGUAUGACUUUGGAGGUUACCAUUAUUCUGAGACAGAAACGGAAGUUUUAGAAGAUGCUGCUGCAGAGAAUUCCAGUACUGUUUACCACAAAAACAUGAGCUUGUGCCAUGGCAGUAAAGAAAGUGGGAACAUAGAUUCCAAUAAUUCUCUUCAGCCACAGACAGGUAAUAGUGGAUCUAUUGCUGAUAUGCUGCGUGCCACUGCUGAAGAGGCCCUAUCUCAUACAGGAUUUGUUUUUGAUGAGAACUCUGGAAUGUACUAUGAUCACAGCACUGGCUUUUUCUAUGAUUCGGUAAAUCAGCUCUACUAUGAUGCCAACACAGGGAUAUACUACUACUAUGAUGCAGACAGUGGAAAAUAUCAGUUCCAUUCAAGGAUACAAGUUCCCAGCACACAAGGUUUGGCUCAGGACCACGAGACUGUGGACGAGAAAAACAGUCAAAAGAACACUAUUGGUGCUCUUGAACACAAAGAUGGGGACAGGGUAGGAGAAAGACUGAUGAGUGGUUAUCAUGAGUUUGACGCAUCGGAUGUAGUGUGCCAGAAGAGGAAGAAAAGUGUGAGCAAAUGCAGACAAUCAUGCAGCACAAAACAUGUGCAAAAAAAAAAGACAUCCAAAAAAAGCCUCCACCUCUCUGUAAAGAAGAAGAAGACCAAAAAGAAGAGGAUAGAGGGUGACACACAUUCAGAAGGUACAAGGAGGAAGCAUAAGAAGACUCAGAAGGUGAAAAAGAUUCACAGGAAUCAGUGCAUCUUAUUACAGCACCAUGAAGAUAAACAGAGCAGUACAAGAGAUCCCAGCACAGAUAGUGAACUUGAGGAAGGAGAAAUUAUGGGGUCGGGGGGUGAUGAGUCAAAUUCCUCUACCUCCUUCUCUUUGACCCCUAGUAGUCCCAACACCGAGGAAGUGGCUCCUGAGGCUUGGCCCCCCUGUGUACGUGUCACAGUGGUCCGUUCUCCUGCAUUACAAAUCGGAAGUCUUUUCAUCCUCACAGCAGAUGCUGCUGCUACUAUUGGCAGGGAAAAGGACCUGGAUCAUGCGAUUCGAAUACCAGAGGCUGAAGUGAGCAAAUCACAUGCUGAGGUAUACUUUGACUCUGACCAGCAAUGCUACAUGCUGGUUGAUCUAGGGAGUCAGAAUGGAACCGUCGUCAAUGGCAACAGAAUAUUUCAGCCCAAAGUUCGCUGUGAACCUUGUCCUCUCAGCCAUGGGGAUGAAGUCAGGAUAGGAGAGACUGUCCUUUCCUUUCAUAUCCACCCAGGGAAUGACACCUGUGAUGGCUGUGAACCUGGACAGAUUAUUGCUCAUCUCAGUCGACAUAGAAAAGAACACAACUCAGGUCAUUUAGUAGGAGAGAACAAAGAGAUGCAGAGGCAAAGAGAGCUAAAACAGAUGAAAGUCAAAUAUGGUCUCAAGAACAGUGACUUUGAGGCCACCAAGGCUCUUAAUAACCCUAUGUAUAAAGAUCGGGCUAAGACCAGAAGAUGGAUUGUUGGCAGUGAGGGAACCUUCUACAGGGAUGAUUCUCCUUCCUCUUUGCAUGUUGAAAUCAGUGAGGUCAACAAAGGCAGGAAAAUCCUGGAGAAGAUGGGAUGGAAAAGAGGGGAAGGGCUGGGAAAGGACGGUGCUGGAAUAAAAGAUCCUAUCCAACUACAGGUACGGAAGGCUCAGUCUGGACUUGGCUCCUCUAUGUCUGUGGUUGUGGAUUAUGCAUCUUUGUCUUCAACCAAGACCCAUGAAAAGUGGAGGAAAGCCCAGGAGCGCUUUGCGGAGACUUGUCAACCACCUCCUCUGACUUCUAACGCAGUUGAAGACAAAUCAUUCAAAGCCUGGGUAAAAGGGGAGUCCACAGACUGACUGCAGAAUAUGGUUGUUCUUUCUUGUAUGUGCAAGUUAAAUUCAUAAUAAAAUUAGCCAGUUGCAACUGUUA